CUCAGGAUGGCGAGUAGUACUGAAUACAUUGAUGGUGUCGAUCUUGACGCGAUUCUCUGUUUGUUAGAAGAAGAUGAACUUACUCAUGACUCAAAUUUUCAGUCUGAUGUCGAUUCUCUUCUUUCCGAGGUAGAAUUUUCAAAAGAAAAAUCAAACUUCAAAUGCAGUGUAUGCCAAAAAGUAUGCCAGUCAGAGAGAGGCUUAAAGCGCCAUGAAACAAUGAAACACAGCAAGAAAAAACCAACAGAUGAAGCUUCUUCCGACCCUGUUUCACUACAUCCGCUACGUCUAAAAACACUUAUUGAAAACUGUGCAAUCAAACUUUCAAAAGAUGAAUGUUAUCCAAUUUCAAUUCAAGAGGAAUUCAAUGGGUACAAAAUAACAGUAGCACAAGCAAUAUUGGUGCAUGGUAAGCUUGAAAACAUCAUCAGUGAUUAUAAUGGAGAUGCUGACAAGUUUUAUCCAAAGUUUUAUGCAGCAAUUUCUGAACAAGAGCCCUUUUUUGAUAGUCUUCCCACUGAAUCAUCCCUACUCUUAGGGAUGGAAUUAGCUAACAGCAUUCUGGCAUAUUUGACAAACUGCACUGUAAAGGAUGGAUUGCUGAAUACAACAUCUGACCAGUUUGUUCUUUCACAGAGAGAAGAAGAUGCCUUAGUGUACCUUAGUGGAUAUGUCUUUGGAACACUUUAUAGGCGCCUGCGUAACAGCCAGUCUUUGAAAAAAAGUGAUUUAAACCAGACAUAUAUGACUAUUCUUUUGUCUGCUAAAUGUGAAGAAAAAUUGGCAGAGAAUGCAAGGUACAAAUUUGUAUCUUUAAAAGAUCGUGGUGGGCUCUGGAAAGUGAACCGAGAUGUUGUUCAAAUGUUUCGAGUAACUGAAAUAUAUUUUCGUAAGCAAACAGCUGGUAUCAUCAAGAACAUGAACACAAAUGAAAUGAUCAGUUUCCUUAUAAAAAAUUGUACCAUCCAAAGUGUUUUCAAAACAUUGUACCAAAAUGGGGAUAUUACAGUGAAAAAGGAACUGGCGUUCAACCUGCUUGAAUACAUAUUGACAUUAUAUCUACGUGUUCGAAUGUUUUCUUAUGCCAAAGAUAUAAAAGAAAAGAGCUUGAAAUCUCUAAAGAAAACAAAAAAGAAGUCACUACGGAAGGAGCUAAAACAGUCCAGUCAAAGCACUGAUCCUCCAAGGUGA